CAAACCACCCCACCAGCCAUUCAUCGGCUAUUUUGUUACGCCCAUCUACCACAAUGGCGUCCAGGACAGCAACGGAGUCGACGACUAUUCAGGACGUUAUACAGAUCUUUGAGGGUUAUAACGUAUAUGAUAGCUUGCACACGGUUUUAGACAACGAAGACUCUUUCAACAGUAUCUGCGAAAUAUUGCGUGCUAUAUUUCGCUGCGCACCAAGGAAACAUAGAAUACUGGAGAUUGCUGCCGAAGAGGGUAUAUCCCCAAAGUCACUUUCAACUUCAGAACAAUCCACCACUUCAGAAGCCUUUCCAUUGCUAGGGCAAGAGUUACCUUUAACUCUAGAGCAUACUACAUCUUCAAAUACCUCUCCAUCAGAGCAGAGUGUACCACAAGAGCGCACUGAAACAUCAGAACAUGACCAAACUUCAGAAACCUCAGAGAAGAGUGUAGCGCAAGAGUCACCCUCAACUCCAGAGCAUACUACAACUUCAAAUACAUCUCCAUCAGAGCAGAGUGUAACACAAGAGCGCGCUGAAACACUAGAACACGACCAAGCUUUCCAAGUUUUCCAGACGUCUCUAUCACCAGCACAAAGUGUAACACAAGAGCGCACUGAAACACCAGAACACGACCAAACUUUCCAAGUUUUCCAGACGUCUCUAUCACCAGCACAAAGUGUAACACAAGAGCGCACUGAAACACCAGAAUCAACCUCAAUUUCAGACGAUGCUUUGAACGCAAAGCAGCUUUCACUCCCAGAAGAUGCCUCUACUCCAAAGUCUUUUAUACCAAACUCAAAGCCAAUAGUAGAUAUUGACUUGGCCCCGGACAGUGCUAUAGAGCUCUCAGAUGCACUCCCACCACCAUACAGUUCCCUGGCUAUAAGUUCCGCCACGAUUGAACAAUCGGAUAGUGGCAUUGAGCUUUCAGAUCAUGUAUCUGAUGAGGACCUUGCACUACCAAAUAGUCCCCGGAUUGACAUAUCUACCACCACUGAAGAACACCAGGCAAUCAUCGGAGAUCAGACAACAAUCCCAGAAAUUCCUUAUGCAGAUCGGGCUAGUACUAAGGAAAUGUCUAGUUUGUUUCGUUCAUGGAUUGAAAACCCACAAGAAGCCUUUUGGGAGAUAGAAAACACUCUGGGGCUUAAAGAAGAAGGAGACACCGGUGCAAAGCUCAAAUUCUUUAUUCAGAAUGCUAUAACCAAAAGGACUGCGGUCAAUAUUCAGAAACUUCAGUAUAGAUUUACCUCUAUAUUGGUGUACCAGAGUUUCCAGAAGAUCAUGAAUGCUCAACGUAUUACUCCUGCACUUACUCGACAGUUUCUCGAACGCAUCGAUAUAUCACUGGAGUCUGAAUCAGAUUGUACGCUGCUCCUUCAAGGUGGAAAAAAUCGCAUAGAGUUCAACCGGAACAUCGCUCCUCAUAAAACUGAGAUUGACCAUGGCCCGCAAUGUAUUCCUGAACUUGAGGACAAUCUAUGGGAUUACGCCAAAGAUGCACAUUCACGUACGCGAGCGAAAGUUCGAAACGUUAUUGCCGAACUCCAAUCACAAAAUAUUACCUCAUGGUCGGAGAGAUCUAGAGCUCACUUAGCAGCUAAAAGAAUACUUCACCAUGGCCAGAAAUUCUUAGGUCUUAUAGAUGUCCAAACUAUAAACACCGAGACCAAAAGAACACUCGAUAUUAUAGAUCAGACAUCAUCAUCAAACGCAUACAAACGUAUACACGCAAAUCCAACUACUCCUCGGCCAGGUUUUCAAGCUGUUUCACCAAAUAUACAUCGUAAUGGAAAUAUAUUUCCGCCAGCCAUCCAGAAUAGCUCCCUGAGUAUACGUUCCAAUCAAACUUUCUCUUCCCCAGAGUUCCAAAAUGGAUCAACCAAUAUACAAGCAGAUUCCUCAACCUUUGCGCAAAGGCGAGAUAGUUCAGCGCAAUCUGCAUACGAGGCGACUAACAGUGGUGCAACAAUUCCAACGGUUAGCGGCGACACGAAUAAUUUAUCUAACACUGAAGUUGCGCCUUAUCAAGGGUACACUCCGAAUAAUGAUCCCUCUGCUCCUAUUCAUGGCACUGAAAACUCCAUACGACAAGAUGAAGAUUCGGCCAGAAACACCAAUGGCUACGGCGACGAGCAUCUGGCAAACUGGGAGGUCCCAGCGGUAGAUGCAUUAUCAAGCGCGACAGCCUAUGACCAUACGUGGUAUAACGGGUAUAAUGCGCUGUUAUGUGAUCCUGAGUGGUAUUUUAAUCCUCAAGGUUUUUUUAGCACGAGGAUGUAAGUAUGUGAUAAUUAAUGCGAUAAACUUGAGCUUCUGAGUAGUUAAGUUACAUCUACCUAAUCACGUAUAUAUAUAACAAUCUUUGGCUGCCUCUUAAUGUGAGGCUGCCGUGGCUUAUGUAAUGUAAUCAUACCCACUUGACAUAAGAUAGGUCAGGUGAUUUACAUCAGGCAGCUAGCUAGUCGCCUCAUCUUGAAAGAAUGAAUAAAUACAGCCCACAAUGCCCAUUCUGCAAUAUUCACUUGCUAUAUCAUUUAAAG